GAGGUGGACAACCUCAGCCCUAGGGAGGUGGAAUUCAGUGGCACUCGACUGGGUCGCUUCUCUGUGGUCGCUGGCCUGCGAAAGGACGACUCGGGUAUUCCGGUGAUCGCGGUCUCACGCCUUAUUAUUGACCAACUGCAGGUGGUUGACGCGACUCGGUACACCUGCCUGGCACAAUUGGAUAUGGCACCGCUGGGUGGCCAUGGCAACUGGACAGACGUAGGCAGGUAG